AUGCCUGCAAACAACGUUGCCUUCACCGCGCCUAUCAACCCCACCGGCGCAAGCCCGAAGCUCCGGCAAGACCAAAUUUGGGCCGGUCUUCGCCUCAAAAUCCGAUCUGCAGAAACCUUCGUUCCCAAUGCGAUCCAAUCCACCACUGUGAUUUCCGAAUCAAUUGACCCCACCACGGGGAACGAAGUCACUCUUCGAGACGUCAUCUUCGUUGAAGGGCAGCGCAAAGUCCAAGAGACUGUCACGGCAUUUGCACCUUCUAGGGCUGUAUUUGUACAGCCAGAUGGUAGUACCAUUGCCAAUGUUGUCAGUGAAAACGCCGAUGGGGAGCUUUUCAUGACCUACACUUUUGAGUGGAGACACCCUGGUGCUUCCAAGGAAGAGCUCGCUGCAUUUCUGGAGAAGGAGAAGAGGAUGAGUAAGAUGGCGGUGGAGGGUACGAUUACUGUUUUGCGGGAUUUGGCUAAGAAUGGGAAGAUUUGA